AUUGUCUGCACCUUUCAAACGUCUCAUCUUCUCACACUAGUCUUCAUGGGUCUAUUUCUCUUUUGUUGCUUCAGUACACAUCAAACAUACACACACUCUCUCUCUAAAACUACCUUUUCUCUCUCUACAAAUGCAACCAGACAACCGCCGGCCUUGAUUCCGUCGCCGACUACCUGUAUUCUUCCUCUUUAUCUGCCUACUAUUACGUCCUGUUCCAUCUAUAAAACCUCUGUUCACUCAUUUAUCGAUAUACGUGCUUCAAAAGUUGAGUUGAAUCUGAAAAGCUCUGUUCUCGUUUGUAUUGAUAUACGUGUUUUCGAAGUUGAAUUGAAGCUGGAUUUUGUGAACUGAAGUGAUCUAACGUCGAAUUAUACGGAGGAUAAUAGCGGUUUUAGAAGUUGAAUUGAAGCUGAAUUUUGUGAACUGAAGUGAUUUAAUGUCGAAUUAUACACAGGAUAAUAGCGGUUUCAAAAGUUGAAUUGAAGCAUAAUAUUGAAAACUGAAGUGAUGUUAGUGUUCAUCAAAGCGAUUUAAUGUCGUACGGAUAAUAGCGGUUCGAAAAGUUGAAUUAAAUUUGAGUUGAAGCUGAAAUUUGAGAACUUGUUGAAGUGAUGUUAGACCUUAAUCUGAGUGUUCAUCAGAGCGAUUUAAAUCAUUUAACGUCGAAUUAUACGGAGGAUAAUAGUAGUAAGCAGGUUUUGGAGGUGUGUAGCAGAGGCGGUCAGUUGGAACACUCCGGUGGUACAUCGAAUUCCUCCGUCGUCAAUGUGGAGGUAUCGAGUAACGGUGGAGAUGAGGAGCAAUCAUAUUCGUGUCCGGAUCUCGCUUAUAGGUUUGAUAUAUUGAAACCGAGUAAUCGAAUUGAUGAUCAGGAUUUUAGGUCAGAGAUUGCUGUAACGAAACAGCUGUUUCCGGAGAUAGUUAGAAACGAUGGUUUGCAGCAGAAUCAACCAGUAGAUGUUGUAAGUGAAUUCAUGUUAAAGCAACAUCAACAGCAGCUUAAACAGCAUGUGAGGAGGAGUAGAAGAGGACCGCGGCCUCGAAGUUCUCAGUAUCGUGGUGUUACUUUCUACCGGAGAACGGGACGAUGGGAGUCGCAUAUAUGGGAUUGUGGGAAACAAGUUUAUCUAGGUGGAUUUGACACUGCACAUGCUGCCGCAAGGGCAUAUGAUCGCGCUGCGAUCAAGUUUCGUGGACUUGAUGCCGAUAUUAAUUUCAACAUAAGUGAUUACGAGGAAGACCUUAAACAGAUAAAAAACUUGAGCAAAGAAGAGUUUGUUCACAUUCUUCGCCGUCAAAGCACUGGGUUCUCUAGAGGAAGCUCAAAAUACCGUGGAGUUACCCUGCACAAAUGUGGUCGAUGGGAGGCUCGGAUGGGGCAGUUUCUUGGGAAAAAGUACAUCUAUCUUGGAUUGUUUGACACUGAAAUAGAGGCUGCAAGGGCCUAUGACAAGGCUGCUAUAAAAUGCAACGGAAGAGAAGCGAUCACCAACUUUGAACCCAGUUCAUAUGAGGGGUCAUUAAGUUCCGAGACUGAAAAUGGAGAUUACAACCAAUCCAUAGAUUUGAAUCUUGGUAUUGGUAUUGCUCCUUCUUUAACAGGAGGUGAUAAUGCGAAUAACACUUUAGGGAGCUUGUAUCAAAUUAAUCAUCUCUUAGAUGACAGUUCUGAGGAUACAAGAACAAAGGUUGAAAACCACACGCGUAUGACACGGGGAACUCAAACGCCUCAGUCCCACCCUCUUAACCUGAGCGGUGUUGCGACUUCCGGUUUUUUUCCUGUUUACCAGGGGACAGCAAUAGAGAAGAGUAUGGGAUCUACGCCACAUUGGGCAUGGCAGGUUCGCGGUCCACAUGCCGCUCCAAACUUCUCUGCUGCUGCAGCAUCAUCAGGAUUCGGUAAUUCAACAAACACUGCUUCAUCAUCAUCAUUAGCUGAUCAACAACCGCCGUUUCUCCAUCACUACAAUCCGUCCAUUCGAAGUUUGGGUGACAUACCACCCCAUUAUCACUUUAGAAGCUGAAGGUAUAUAAAACACUUGUAGGAAUUGAAGCUCAUGGUUCAUAUCAGUAGAGGCAUUAGGUUCACAUAUUGUUGCACACAAUUCUCUUAGAUUGUUUCGAUCUCAUCAGAUUAUCCAAUGAAUAGCUAUAAUCUUUGCACUUUGGUUAGGUAGUAGUAAAAAACUCAUAUCUACCAUGGAAGCAUGUGUAGGUAGUAACAUCUGCUUGAAUUGUUGUACCUUGACUACUCAAGCUACAUGUCAGGUUUUUACCCUUGAGAUUUGCCAGGUGGCAGAAGUCAAGUGUGCCUUUGUUCAUAUACAAUUUUUUUGGUUGACAUGUGGUUA